UUCGAAAAACUUGAAAAUGAAAGGUUAAAGAGUCCGCUACUGGAAUGAGCUGAUUUAAGUCUUCAACUUCAAAGCAAUCUUUACCAAAUUCUAUCAAUGAGUCAUGAAUGUGAAGAUCCACAAAUGGAAGGGACGGAAAAUACUGAGAUGGAAAAUUUGGCGCAAAAAUCCUCAAAUGACGACGUCAAAGAACUAACACGCGCUUUGGACGACGCAGAAUUUGCGUUCAGAAAGUCAGCUCGCUGGCGACUGCAACACAAGAGACAAGACUUGAACCAAAAAAUAUAUAAACAAAUGAAGUUAAGAGAUGGCGCUGAAAACUUAUUGAAAGCUCUCAGGGCAACCAAUGACCGCAGGCUUAAAAAAGCUGCAAAGAUGGAACUCAACUUUGCCAGUACACAACUUAAUCAGCUAAGAGAGGAGCUUGAGGGGAUCAACUCUGCCUUUGAUGUUUACCAGUUUGAUGAGAGCAUGGAAAAACAAAUACCAAUGAUCUCUCUUGGCUUAAGAGAAACAACAGAAUUAAAUUUUAAGGUUCCAUUCAUGGAUUUCAUUGCAGAGCAUUAUUCUGAGGACCCAGAACAAUAUGAAAUGGAGCUUCAAAAAUUCAGUGACAUGAGAAAGGGUAUAUGCAACCCCAACCGAGAUGAAAAAGGCAUCCAAAAGCUCUAUCAAUAUUUCAAUCAGUUACACUUUAUAGAGAAGAAGUUCUUUUCCAAGAAAACUACCAUGCCCGUCUACUUUCACUGGUAUGAUGCUUUGUCAGGACUUCCAAAAAUACAAAGAUCUGUUGCUUUUGAGAAGGCCAGUGUUCUUUUCAAUAUUGGAGCCCUAUUAUCUCAAAUAGGGACAAAACAGGAUAGAAACACAGAAGAAGGAGUAAGGGUGGCAUUCUCUUGUUUUCAAAAAGCAGCAGGUGUGUUCAGCUAUACCAGAGAUAACUUCAUCAACUCUCCCAGUGUAGACAUGACACAGGAUACAUUAGAGGCUCUUAUGUCAUUGAUGCUGGYGCAGGCACAGGCUUGCCUAUGGGAAAAGAGAAUGCAAAUCCAAGAUGGCUUUCAAGAUAACAUACAAGCAGGUCAAGAGUGUGCAGAGAUCAGUCAAGAGUAUAAUAGAACAUUCUUAUUGAUGAAUAUGGGUAUCUGUAUGGAUGCAAUCCCUUCAGCUUGGAGAAAUAUGGUCAAAAUUAUGAGCCUUUAUUAUAAAGCACUUUCACAUUACUACACAGCUGUAGGGCUGCUCAAGUGUCCAACCCCAGAGAUGGAUGUCACCAGUUUACAUGAAAUAAUACCAUCACUAUACAUUCCCCAGUCCAAUAGUGGAAAUAUAAAAAAUAAGCAAGCCAAGGCACAUUUACACACAGCACUUCGCAAUCACGAAGAAGCUAUCCGAGCCAAACAAUUGUGUAGAUUCUGCAGGAAAAUGGUCUCUCUACAGAAGGUUCUUUCAGAGUCUAGAAAUCGGUCAAUGAGUAAGUUAAUAUCGAUGGAAGAGGAGGAUGAUUUUGAUGACCCAAUGUCACCUACUCCUGUCAAAGCACAUGUCGAACAAAAGGCUCAUCUUCAUGCUCCUGAGUUCAGCUGUGCACCUGUAGAAGACUUGUUCCAUAAGCUGGGUCCAGUACAUAUCUUUAAUGCUGACAGUACAUUGAGUACGCCAAGAUCUAUCACCAUAGCCAGAAGAGGUGGUAGUUUUGGAUUCAGUGUGAUUGGUUCUGCUCCUGUUAUUGUACAGAGUGCCGAGGAGCAUGGUGCUGCAUGGGAUGCUGGCUUACAAGUUGGUGACAUUGUUAUUGGUGUGAAUGGCACUGACGUUAAAUGGAGUGAACAUAUUGAUGUUGUCACCACAAUAAGAAAAUUAACAGAUAACGUAACUCUACAAAUUCGAACCCCUCAAUCCCUAAGAGAGAUAGCAGCUCACUGCAACCUGAGAGUAAUCAAGAGUGACAGCUCAGUCUCCACCAAUGAUAAGGUGUCGGUCAGCAGUGAGGGGUCAUCAACAUCAUCUCUCCAUCCUAGUAGUAGUGACGCUGGAUCGAAUGAUUCUGAGGGGAGUAAUCCCAUUAAGAGAAGAAAACCUAUAUUCCGACACAGUAGUGAUCCCUUUGGAAGGUGACAGAUUUUAAAUAGAAAUGUGUUGAACAACUUUUAUUACUAUUAAUAAUAUUAUUAGAGACAUCCUUUACCCUGGGUGCCAGUGGUUCUUAUUGGUUGUUUUUCAAUAUGAAAAACCAGAGAAAAAAAAAAAAAAAAAUAGUCACUGGAACCCAGGUUAGACAUUUUUAUCCCAGGAGCUUUAUAAAUCAUUUUUGUCUUUACAAUGCAAUAGAUAUAGAGUUAGCAAAUCUAUAGGAAAUUGUUUUGGAUAGAGCAUGUUUAGUAUAACCUUGUUAUGUAUGCAUCUUGCAUUGUGCUCUAGCUUGGGUGUUCAAACAUCUUUCAUUCAUCAUGCCUUUCAUUUUGUUUGUACCCAAGCUAGACCACAAUGCACCAUGUCUUUAGAAUUCUUUUUUUUUUUCUUUUGGCAGAACCAAAAAUAUAUAUUCAAAGCUCUGGGAAAGAAAUCCCAAAUAAGAUUACCAUUAUUUAUUUAAUUGUACAUAGAAAACCAAAGUUGCACAUGCAACUCAAAAAAACUAACUAUAUUAGUUUUCUAGUAAAUACUAUUUUUAUUCUACUAAAAAAAUGUAAUUAAAUUUUCACUGUAUACUUAUUCCAAAGAGAAGACAAGCAUAUCAAUUAUUAAAUAUAAAUAUUAUUUCAAAAAAAUUUUUAUAUUAUUUUGAUAAGUAAAGAUUUCAAAGUAGAAACGUUAAUAAAAAUAAGACAAAGCAGUGCGAUGUAUCAAUGGUGCUGUAUCAACAUUGAAAUGUUACAGUACUUCCUCUUGUUUUUAUACGGGUUUGAGCUUUUGUUGGUUAUAAAUUAUACAUAAUUUUAUAUUUUUAGUAAAUAAAUAUCUGAUGAUCAAAAAUA